CACUGAUUUCCCGCCAAAACGUGAACUUGUCAAAAGUCUAAACAUAAAAAUUGAAAACAAUGCUGUACAGUUUUUGUUUAUAAGUCGGAAAUAAAAGUUUUUGUUGUAAUUCUAUUAGUUCAAUCUAUCUUUUGAACGGUAUUUAUUUCUAAGGUCUAUCUGUGCGCGUUUAAAAAUGGAUGUAGCUGAUACUUAUGCUACACAGAGUCAAGUUAAAGAUGAAGUUGGAGUGCGUUGUCAGAAACUUUUUCAGGACUUUUUAGAAGAAUUCAAAGAAGACAAUGAAUUAAAAUACGAAAAACAAGCAAAGGAGCUGUUAAAACCUGAACUAAGUACUUUAGAAGUAAGCUUUGAUGAUGUAGAGAAGUAUAAUCAAAACUUAGCAACUACAAUAAUUGAAGAGUACUACAGAAUCUAUCCAUUUUUAAACCAAGCGAUACUGAAUUAUGUGUUAAGUCUAGCUGAGAGUGGUAUGAAAAAAGACUUGCAGGGUAAAGAAUGCUAUGUUUCAUUUGUUGAUGUUCCCACAAGACAUAAAGUGAGAGAGUUAACCACAGCAAAGAUAGGCACUCUCAUAAGAAUAUCCGGACAGAUAGUGAGGACUCACCCUGUGCAUCCGGAGCUGGUGAUGGGCACAUUUGUUUGUCUUGACUGUCAAACUGUGAUAAAAAGUGUUGAACAACAGUUUAAGUACACAAUACCGACAAUAUGCAGAAACCCAGUGUGUGCGAACCGUCGCCGAUUUAUGUUGGAUGCGGACAAAUCAGUAUUUGUGGACUUUCAAAAGAUCCGCGUACAAGAAACCCAAGCAGAGUUACCUCGAGGCUGUAUUCCAAGAUCCUUGGAGGUUAUCCUGAGGGCUGAAGCUGUCGAAUCUGUGCAGGCUGGAGACCGGUAUGACUUCACUGGAACACUAAUAGUGGUACCAGAUGUUGGAUCUUUGUCAAUGCCAGGAGCCAAAGCAGAGCUGACAACGCGGACUAAGAUGGCUACCGAAGGACAAAUGGAAGGAAUCAAAGGAUUAAAGGCAUUGGGAGUCAGAGAGCUACAUUACAAGACUGCAUUUCUAGCUUGCAGCGUACAAGCUACAAGCAGACGUUUCGGUACGGCGGACUUGGCCGCUGAUGACGUCACCACCGAGGACAUGAGGAAGCAAAUGACCGACAAAGAAUGGGAUAAGAUAUAUGAAAUGUCCAGGGAUCGCAAUUUGUACAACAAUCUAAUAACAAGCCUGUUUCCGAGUAUACACGGCAACAAUGAAGUGAAGAGAGGAAUACUGCUGAUGUUGUUUGGUGGAGUGGCCAAGACUACUAUCGAGGGCACGACCCUCCGCGGCGACAUCAACGUGUGUAUCGUGGGCGACCCCAGCACGGCCAAGUCGCAGCUCCUGAAGCAGGUGAGCGAGAUCUCUCCCCGCGCCGUGUACACCAGCGGCAAGGCUUCCUCCGCGGCCGGACUCACAGCGGCUGUUGUUAAGGACGAAGAGUCUUUCGACUUCGUGAUAGAAGCCGGCGCGCUGAUGUUAGCCGACAACGGCGUGUGCUGUAUAGACGAGUUUGACAAGAUGGACCCCGGAGACCAGGUCGCUAUACACGAGGCUAUGGAACAACAGACUAUAUCUCUGGCUAAGGCCGGAGUCCGCGCCACCCUCAACGCUCGCACGUCCAUCCUGGCGGCCGCCAACCCUAUAGGCGGCCGCUACGACCGCGCCAAGUCCCUGCAGCAGAACGUGGCCCUGGGCGCUCCCAUCAUGUCCAGGUUCGACCUGUUCUUCAUCCUGAUCGACGAGACCAGCGAGAUGGUGGACUACGCCAUCGCCAGGAAGAUCGUGGACCUGCAUUGCAACAAGCACGAGACCUACGACUGUGUGUACUCCAGGGAGGACUUGCUCCGGUACAUCGCCUUCUCGAGGUCCUUCAAGCCUUUGAUCACGGAGGAGGCCGGCAAGCUGCUGGUGGAGUACUACGGCGCCCUGCGCGCGCGGGACGGGUCGUCGCACGGCGCGUGGCGCAUCACGGUGCGGCAGCUGGAGUCCAUGGUGCGCCUGGCCGAGGCCAUGGCCAAGAUGCACUGCAGCGCGCGCGUGCAGCCGCACCACGUGCACGAGGCCUACAGAUUGCUGAACAAGUCAAUAAUCCGUGUGGAGCAGCCGGACAUACACUUGGAUGAAGAGGAUCCGCAAUACAACUCUGGCAUGGACGUAGACCAGGAGCCCAACAAUGGGACAGAGAGUGAGCAAGUAAACGGCGACAGUGGUGCCAAGAAGAAGCUGACUCUAUCGUUCGAGGAGUACAAGGCGCUCAGCAACAUGUUGGUGGUGUAUAUGAGGAAGGAGGAGAUCGAGACCGAGGCUGGAGGCUCAGAAAGCUCCGGGAUGCGCAAGAGUGCCCUGGUCAGCUGGUACCUGGAGAAGUUGGUCGGGCAGGAGCUGAUACAGACGGAGGACGACCUGCUGGAGCGGAAGACACUCGUGGAGAAAGUCAUUGAUCGACUUAUGUAUCAUGACCAAGUUAUAAUUCCUCUGUCCACGACCGGCUUAAAAACGACACAACGAACAGAAACCGAAGUUGAGGACGAUCCAUUACUCGUUGUCCAUCCGAACUACGUCGUCGACACGUGAUCGUAAGAUUGUUUUGUAAUAAAAUAUUGUUUCGAU